CGAUGACAGCUAGUCAGUUUGAUUUGACCCUAUCAACACCCUAUCAUACCAUUUCAGCUCGAUACACAUCGAAACUGCGAUCCCUGUUGUGUUGUGUGCGAGUUGAAAGAACGUAUCGCGCUCAGUUUUCUUAAACUUUAAUGUGAUUUUUAUCCGUGUUAAAAGUUUCCCAAGUGAUAGAAAUUUGAUGCUAGCGAAAGAUUAUCACAAAUACUUUCUGCUAGUGAAGUUGGAUUUUCGAUUAGUGGAGAAUUUGUGAAGUUAUUCUUGAGGAAAAAUCCUGAAAAUCGUAGCUAAGUCUAUAGUUUAUUCACUUGUGUACACGCGACCUACGGGUCGAGGCACACAGCGAGAUGUCGUUGGCUGUGCCAUGUACUGUGUGUAGCAAAGCUAUCAAGGAAGAACAAGAAAAAGUGAUGUGUUUUGGAUCUUGCGGCAAAAUAACGCACUUGAAUUGCUGUGGAGAAGUGGAUAAACACGGUUUCAAGGCCAUUUCAACAAACAUUGGAAUAAAAUAUUUGUGCCACGGUUGCCGCAAGACCCAAACGAGCUACAACUGUGUGCUUGAAAAAUGCAAUGAAAUUAUGAAAAACAUGGAAAACAUAAAAAACGAUAUCAAUGAAAAAUUGCAAAAAAUGGAAGAAAACAUAGCUGAAAAAAUUAAAAGUGACAUGUCUAACAUGUUUACAAAAAUGUGUGAGGAUCAAAACAAAUCAGAGGAAAAAAGGAUGGAAGCUUUUAAAAAUCAAAUUAAUCAAUGGUUUGAAGAAAAAAAGGAAAAACAGUGGAUGCUGCAAGUGGUCGCAUUCUACGAUCUCAAACAAAAAAUGGCAAGAAUGCAGAAAAUCGAUAGUGUAAUCAUUGUGAAACCGAAAGCUGAUCAAACCACUCGUGAAACAAAACAAGAAUUGCGUAGCCAGAUCGAUAGAACAACCAACAAUAUCAGUUUAGUGCGAGAAGGAAACGGUGGAUCGGUGAUUUUGGGUGUUAAGCAAGCUGAUCAAGUUGAGUCAGUGAUUAAAUCAGUGCAGGAAAAAUUCGGUGAAAAGUACGAAGUGUCAGUUCCCAAACCCAAGAAUCCGCGAUUGAAAAUCGUUAGCGUAGAAGAUGAAUUAAGUGAAAGUGAAUUAAAGGAGAGUUUGGUCGACCAGAACGAGUUGUUAGAAGAGAUGGAGCUGAAACUGAUCACUAAAUACCAGAGGGAAAAUGCAGCUGGGUACAUUUCGUACACGUAUGUGUUAGAAGUGGAUGCAACUUCACAUGAGAUCAUGCUAGAAGCCGAACGAGUCAACUUUGGCUGGGAACGUUGCAGAGUGAUAGAGUGUUUCGGAAUAAUUCGUUGCUUCAAGUGUUGUAACUAUGGACACAAAAGUACAGAGUGCAAAGGAAAUGAGGUGUGUGCUAAGUGUACUGGGCAACAUAGAACAGCAGAGUGUACAUCUGAGCGGGCGAAGUGCAUAAACUGCGAACGGAUGAACAAGUCUAGGAAGCUGAACUUAAGCAUUGACCACUUUGCGUUCAGUCAUGAAUGUGCCAUUUACAAAAGACUAGUCGCGAGAAAACGUCAGCAAAUUGAACACGAUCAAUAGCAACCAGUUCCAUCAGGGAGAUAUCCAGUGAUUUGCCUUAAUUGUGGUGGUUUGUCAGCAAAUUUUGUAGAAGUGAAGUUGUUGAUCGAAUCUGUGAAACCAAAGCUGGCCUUAAUUACCGAAACACACGUGAUACGAGAAAUGGAAAGUGAUCAGUUUAAUAUUAGAGGUUACACGCAGUUAAACUGCUACUCGUCCUCGCGGCACACUGGGGGAGUGUUAAUCUAUGUCCAUACGAGUGUUGGUUACAGUACCUUGAUAA